UCAUAAAGGGCUCAAAAUGUUUGCCUAAACAGACAGACCUAAACCCUCACGGACUUUGCGGGAGCGCGCCUUAAAAUCCGUAAGGCUGGAGAUUGGGAUUGGGCCAAAGGUAAUGCCUCCGUGACUUUGCUGUAACCGUUAAGUGUGAAGAGCGCUUCUUCUCGUCGCGCAACAACUGUCAUAGCACGGAGCUUCCGCGUCCAGCGUGAACCGUCCAAACGAAUCUGAACUGUGACUUCUCUUGGGGGAAAAAAUUCCAGACACAAUACAUUUGUCCCAGUUGAGAUAAAACAAAAGAUAUAGUCAGGCAAUUACUAUAGCGAACAAGAAUGUGCUCGGUGAUUCGCAGGGUGAAGCCGGUCCAGCUGGCUCAGGCUGUCACGCUUCGUCUCCGAGGAAACACCGAGGGCUCGGCCGACAACAGACGCUUCCGUCCGGGCAUAAGUGCUGGCAUUGUCCCGCUACUAGCGACCAGCAGAUCGUACUGCUCCAGGAUGGCGCUGACCGAAGGACUGCUCUUCAGACAACUGUUUGAGUUGGAGACCAGCACCUACACCUACCUGCUUGCAGACACAGAGACUAAGGAGGCAAUCCUCAUCGAUCCUGUACUGGAGACUAUUGACAGGGACCUGAAGCUCAUACAUGAACUGGGGCUCAAUCUAAAAGUGGCAGUAAACACCCACUGCCAUGCGGACCACAUCACAAGCACUGGGCUGAUGAAGAAGAGAUUGGUUGGUCUGAGGAGCGCAAUCUCCAAAUUCAGCGGUGCCUCCGCAGACAUCCACCUGUCAGAGGGAGACAAGAUCACCUUUGGAAGACAUUAUCUGACGGUGAGAGAGACCCCGGGACACACUGAUGGGUGUGUGGCGCUGGUGUCGGGGGAUCAGAGCAUGGCCUUUACUGGAGACGCUCUGCUCAUCCGAGGCUGUGGCAGGACAGACUUCCAGCAGGGCUGCCCUGAGAAGCUCUAUGAGUCAAUCCAUCAGAAGAUCUUCACUCUGCCGGACCAGUGCCUCGUCUACCCAGCACAUGACUACUUAGGUCAGACUGCAUCGACGGUCGGUGAGGAGCGCAAGUUUAACCCGCGCUUGACCAAGAGCCUGGAAGAGUUUGUGAAAAUCAUGAAUAACCUGAAUCUUCCCAAGCCUAAAAAAAUAGAUACUUCAGUGCCUGCUAAUUUGGUUUGCGGAGUCCACGAAGUCUGAAUGUCCCGCUAACGGGAGGAUUUCAAUUUUAUUCUUAAAGAUCAUUUUUCACCUUUUCAUUGAUUUUCACCUUUAUUUGACGGAUGACAGUGUAGAGAUGGGAAUGACAUGCAAGAUUUUAAUCAAGUCAAUUACAUGUAGAAUCAGAAUCAUUAAUACUCGCCAAGUAUGUGCACAUUGCAAACAUAUAUCCAAGUUUGUAUAUCGGCAGAAUUAACCAAAAACUGCUUGCCAUAAAGUGCUUUUCUGUGUGUAUUUAUGUAAAUGCAAAGAUGUAUAUUUUCAUAGCUGUCUAUUUGGAGCGCAUCUAAUGACAUCAUCGUGAUAAUGCUUCACAUUAAAAUACAAUCAUCUCUAUUUAAACUAUAUUAGAAAUGAGAUCUGAAUAUCUGUACAUGAGGAAAAAUAUUGUAAAAAAAAAAUGUCUUUUGAUUACAUUGAAAUGUGAACUUGUGACUCUAUUCAACUGUGUUAUUAUGAUUUUGGGGGGGGGGGGAAUUUAUGAGAAGGAAAAGCUCAGAUGGGAAUGUUCCAUUCAAGGUUUGGUAUUCAUGAAUGCUUAACUGGGACUAUUGAGUUCUACCAAAUGGCCUUUCCAGUGACUCCGGACCCUGUUAGCCAAGGCCACACACACACAC